AUGACUGCCCGCGAAGAUACCGUCUUGGCUCCCACCGAUCCCUCCGUCGCCGAUGAGAACGAUUGGUGGGAGUUCAGCUUGACCGACGUCAAGGUGCUGCGGCCCGGUAAGAUGCUGUACGCGAACCUUCUCGAUGCCUCCGACGACAACCCCCUACAAGUCAUCGGUUGCCUGGAGCAGGUCCGGGAGGACGAGGAGCAUUUGGUGCUCAACCACGACUACCUUUCCAAACGCAUUGUUAUCGACGACGUGACACACUACGCGUAUGGGCAAACAGAGGAUAAGACGAUCGAGAUCUGGGUUGCUGGCAAGGCUGGCUGGUACGACAUCUCGCCGGCCAAGGGAUACCUGCCUACCUUCAACCGCAUGGUCCAGUCGAUUGACCUACUAUAUUUCCUGGUGGACCGACACCAGCAGGGUCGCAGGCAGCUGAAACCCACUGUCCGGGAGUUGUGCGAACAGUAUAUCUACCACACCCACGGCGUGUGCGAGGACAGAGCACAGUCUGCCGAAGUCUUCAAAGAACAUGGUCCUUUUUUACUUCGCUGCAUGAUCAGGGACGAAGAAGACGUGGAGUGGAAGAAAACCAACAUCUUCAACCACCUGCGCCGCCAGUGUCGUGUACGUUUUGUUUUUCUUCCCCAACCAAACCGUAUCCAUGCUUACAUGAUUCCUAUUCAGGAGGCUUACGACCAGAUCAUGGAGGAGGUCUCGUCCAGCUCCGCCGACGAGGCUCAAGAUGAGCCCGAAGCUGCGACUCCUCGACGUGAUUCGGCUGCGAUUGCGAAAUCACAGACUGAUGCCAUCUACCAGCUCCUCAAAGAACUACGAGACGAGGGCCAGCUGGCCAAACGCCGACUUCACAUUGAUCUCUUGCAGGAGCGCCUAGCCAGUCGAUAUUCUUUGGCCGACAAGGAUGGCGCACAGAAGAUCAUCGCUGCCCGAGCAACCGCCGUGCUGGAGUUGAUGGAUGCCGAGGAAGGUUUUCGAUGGUAUCGCUACGUGAUCCACCGGGAGCUCAAGCAAGCUGCCUCGACAAAUACCCCACUGCCACCAGCCCUUCUCACUCCCCUGCGCGUGGAACCCUCCAGUGACGAGGAUAGCGGCCGAGUCCGCAAAUCCGUGCUCCGGCCCAAGGCCACCUCGAAGACGUUGAAGGGCAAGCGAAACAAAGAUGCCAUUGCCAAUCAGGAAUCGAAAGAGUCCGAUGCCGACGACGACGACGAUGAAGACGUCUUAGACGAGAUGGACACGCCCAGCAAGACCCGUGGCCAUGAGCUCAUCCGCGACCCAUUCUCUUCUGCGAAGACGCGGACCCGUUCCAUCCUAUCCGACUCGGGACCUGCCGCUUCCCUUAUGAAGCAACUGUUCCAGGACACCGUCCAGACACCCAAAACCCCGGUCCUCUCAGAUGCAAAUAACGACACAUCAGACUACAGCGCUCUACCUACCACCGGCGACACCGACCUUGAAUCCGACGAUAUCUGGACCUGCCUUAUGCCCGAAUGCACCAAGAUAAUUGCCAUGAAGUCCGGGGACGAGCGUAAGAAGCUCAUCGAAGCACAUGCCACCGAGCACGACUGGAAGACUCAGAUGAGGGUCGAGCUUGUGGAGUCUGAGAGACGCUUGCACUCUGCUUUCCCCGUUACCAAUCUCAUGGAGUACCUCGUCAAUCAGCAUUACCAGCAGAUGCGCAUUGCAUUUCCUGAGCUGUAUGAGGGUGAUAACCAAAGGAACGGAAAUGGAGCCACCGAGCAUCCACAGAGCCCUAGCAAUAAUGGUGACUCGGUGACAACGCCUAAAAGCCAGCGCCCCUCGGCAAAGAAACAGAAAUUGACGCCCGCUGAUGUGAAUGGCGAUACCUGA